AUGGUGGAAACACGCCGAAAAAGCAGAGCCAAUGCUGCUCGCUCGUCCCCGCCAUUUAGCGAGCAUGGUCUCGAGGUUGAAUUACCAGAAGACCUCGACCAAGACACUCUUUCCGCUCUGCUCCCGGACACCAAUAUCGCCACCGUGACGUCUGAAACAGUAAUAUCAAUCUACCGUGCUCUCCUUCUACACACGUCCGAGUUGGAUGCUGCUCAGAGGGAACUUGACCAGGCACGCGCUGAGGUGGAGAGGAAGGAUGUUGAGCUGGAUCAGGCGCUCCAGGACCGCGAGACUAUAUCCAAAGACUUGGAGGUGUCGCUGGAGGACGUACAGAACGGUCUAAAUCAAAUGCAAGAUGAACGAGAUAAACUUGCUACGUCAAACGCGGCACUUCGGGAGCAGCUCAAGACAUUGACGAGUUCGCAAUCCGUUUCUUCGUCUGAACUCGAGUCUCUGAAGAGUCGCGUCGAGGACACGGAGCGCGAGAAACGUGAUCUGGUGAAUGUCAUUAGUCGCCUCAAGCAAGAGGGCACCCAACAAGAGGAGGAGAUUCAGAAUCUUCGCUCGAACCUCAAGGAAGCCAGACAGGAACACCAGACGUUGGAGGCAACGGUGCGGGAACUGCGCUCGUCCGAGACUUCGACCAAGUUCAAACUCGAAACUCUCAGCCAACAAUUGGAUCUGGCUCAAAGCGAGGUGGAACGUACGAACGCCGAGCUUUCCACCAAAUCAGAGGAAUUUGCCAAAUACCGUCGCGAAAAGCAUACCGAAAUCGUUUCUCUUCAAGCACAAUGUGAUUCGCUGACACAGAGUAACCUAUCUGCGCAAACGACACUCAAAGCUCUGCAAUCUUCUCACUCGUCGCAAUCUCACCAACUUACGCAGACGCUCGCUCGUGUCCAAGACCUUACUGGGCAGCUUGCUGAGCAGGAGGCAACCUACGCCAGCGAAGCAAGUGGUCUGCGUCGUCUCGUUGCGAUGAUGGAGGAGAGGGAGAAGCAAGCGAAGGCAAUUGUCGAAGGUAUCGAGAGUGAAUGGGCUGAUGUCGGAGAGAAGGCAGAGAAGAGGGAGGCUACACUGAAGGAGGAGAUUGAGCGAGAGAGAAAGUCGAGGGAAGCUGCAGAGAAGAGGGUCGAUGAACUGGAAACCGUGCUGGAUCGCAUGAACAGAGGAGAAUUGCCGAUUCUCGGUGGUUCUCCAGGGACCCCAAUGCGGACCCCUGGAGGUCCUACUGAUCCACUUACGCAAAGUAUGAUGGGACUCAGUCCCACCGUUGCAAUGGCUAGCAAGGCCCAGAGGAGCGGCAAGACAUUCACAGAGGUCUAUGCCGACUACGUUCGCCUGCAGGAGCAGUUCGCGCAGAAGUGCUCUGAGUAUGAUCAUAUGGACCGUACACUCUCUGCCGUACUCGCCCAGAUUGAAGAGAGGGCACCUAUCCUGUCGCAACAACGCGCAGAAUACGAACGCUUGCAAUCUGAGGCUGCUCAACUCUCGUCUCAACUAUCUCAAGCCCUUUCGGAGCGGGACGCGAAGGCGGCUUUCGCACAGGAAACUUCCCAGAAACUCACCAAGUCUACUCGCGAGAACGAUCUCCUCCAGAAGCAGCUUGAUGACCUUGGUCGGCAAGUUCAAAUUCUACUCAAAGAAAUUGCUCGACGAGACGACCCCAUGAUUCCUUCGGACGAAGAACUGGAACAAACACCUUUGGAACCAGCGGCGAACAUUGAAGCUGUCAUCACCAACAACCUCGUCCUGUUCCGUUCAAUUCAUUCCCUCCAAUCACAGAACCAAAAGCUUCUCCGCAUUGUCCGGGAACUCGGUGACAAACUUGAGUCGGAAGAACGGGAUUACAAGGAAUCGAUGCAGAAGGAGCAGCAAGAAGCGGUCGCCGAGGCACACGAGGCUAUGAAAGAUCUUAUGAAGCAACUUGAGGUCCAGAAGAAGUCGAGCGAGAAUAUCAUCCAAGCCUACGUGAAGGAGCGCGACACGCUAAGGAUCAUGCUUGCGAAGGCUGAAGCCCGUACGGGAUCCGUUAAUGGGGUUAGUGCAGGCAUCAAUGGUCUCCACGAAGGCGUCCCAGAUAUGUCUGGCGACUCUAAUGCGGCGAAGGAAUUGGAAGAGGUUCAGCACCAAUUCGAAGCUUACCGGACAGAAAUGAGUGUCGACUCUGUGCGACUUAGGGAAGAGGUCGUUGAGGCUCAACGGGAAUCUGGACGCCUUGGUGCGGAAUUGGCUAAAGCCCACGCGAAGAUUGAGUUCUUAACUGAUCGUCAACGUAUGAGCCAAGAACAAUCUGCCAUGCAUAGUCGGGAACUGGAAACGGCCACGAAGCGCAAUCAACAGCUGUAUGACCAAUGGACGCGAAUGGAUAUCGAAUGUGCAAGAGCAACUGAAGACCUCCAGAUUGCUCACGGCCACCUUGAACAGCUUCGAACCGAAUGUGCCAACCUUCGCGCAGAGAAGAAGAUCUGGGAGAAAAUGCACAACGACUUGGAAAGAUCUGGUGAAAACGAUAGACGACGCCUUGAGAGCCAGCUACAGCAUCUUGAGUCUCAGACCCAAGAUCUCCGAACGCAAGUCAACCAAGAGAGGGACACCGUCCGACAUAUCACGCUUCAGAAAGAUAUCGAGCUGAAGGAACUGCACAAUCGAAUUGACAGAUCCGUCUUGGAAUUGUCUAAGACUCGCGAAUCAUUAGUUGGCGCGGAAACUAGCAAGAAACAUCUGGAAGAGCGUGUAGAAGAACUGACCAAGAACCUUCAAGGCAGCGUCGAGAAACUUUCAGUUUAUGAACGUCGUACGACCACCACUGAUGGAACCGCUCCGAACGUGGACCCCAGUCUCAGUCGUGAACAACAACUCGAAGUGGAAGUAGCCGAGCUUCGCUCAUCCCUUAAGAUCGUCGAAGUCGAUCUUGCGACCGCCCGAAGCCAUGUUCAACAGUUCCAAGAAAUCUCAGAGGCCAACGAAGCGGCUCUGGCUUCUUUGAAUGGCACAUACGACGAUUACAGGGCCUCUACAGAAGCACAAAUCGCUAGACAAGAUUCUGAACGUGCUGCGUUGGAGGAGAAGCUGAAGAUUGCCCAAGAGGAACUCUUGCAGCUGCGUGCGACAUACGCUGAGCUUCAAAAGACGCUCGAAAGCGAACGAACCGCUUGGCUCAAUGACAAGAAAACGCUCGAAGACACUAUCGUAGACAUGUCGACUUCCGAAAAGAGCUCUGAGAGUGAUAGAACUUCGAGAGAGAACGAGUACAGGCAACAAGAACAGCGAGCCAAGGCUGCCGAAGAAAGAUACUCCAAUGAGGUGGUCGCUCAUGCCGAAUCCAUCAAGGCCAUUGAUAACCUCCGCAAAGAAUUGUCAACUGCCCAAGGAACUGCCAGAGAAAACGCAACUCUUGCUGAGACAGCGAAAGCUAACUUGAAGGCUUCUGAGGAAAGUUGGAAGCAUCAGAAAGGCGCCCUGGACAAGGAGGUCGCCGGUCUCAAAGCACGCUGUGAAGAUCUUUCUUCACAAAAUGCAAUCCUACAUCAACAUCUUGAAUCUGUUAGCUCCCAAGCGGCUCGAAUCCGACAGACUGCCGAUGCUGCACCGUCAUCUAAUGAAGGCGAAGCCGGUGACGAUGCGGAUGCGAAACUCUCUGAGUUACGGUCCGUUGUUGCAUACCUGCGGAAGGAGAAGGAGAUUGUAGAUCUUCAGCUGGAGUUGAGCAAGCAAGAGAACGCUCGCCUCAAGACCCAGAUCGACCAUCUUUCUCAGAAUCUUGGCGAGACUCGCAAGACGUUAUCUGAGGAAAGAGAGCGUGCUCUGGAGGCAACAGCUUCCGCUAGUCAACAUGCUGAGCUUGUUGAGCGGAUCAACCAACUCAAUAUCCUAAGGGAGAGCAACGCUACUCUUCGUGCGGAUUGCGAGGCUCAUGCAAAGCGGUCUCGCGACCUUGAAGCGAAGUUACAGAAGCUGUCGUCUGAGCUUGAUCCUGCCAAAGAGCAAGCACGCAUCGCACGAGCUGAAUUGGAGGCCUCCGAAGCACACGUCAAACGUCUCCAAGAAGAGAGUGGCAAGUGGAAGGAACGAAACUCGCAGCUACUUAGCAAGUAUGACCGGAUUGAUCCAGCUGAAGUUCAAGCCUUGAAAGACGAGAUUGAGCAACUCAAGAUUGCGAAAGCGCAACUCGAGGAAGCCGCUGGGGAACAUGACAAAGCGCUGCAAGACCAAGUCCAGAAAACCACUACACUGGAGGAUAAUCUCAAGGCACAUAAAGAGAGGCAUAAAGCGACGGUUGACAGUGCCAGGGCAAGGCUAGCCACGUUGACUAGUGAACGAAACACCUUCCGGGAGAAAUCCACGGCGCUGGAAGCUGAAAGGGCGACCCUGCAGACCUCCUUGAAUGAAAUGCUAGCAUCUGGUGCUCAAGCAUCUUCCGAUUCAUCCGAUCAAGCCAGUAUAAUUGCGGAGUUACGCGCCGAGCGAGAUAAGCUCAAAGCUGCUCUAGACGCAGCUACAGCUAACCCUCCUGCUGCCCCUGCUGCGAUUGACCAUCUCUCAGACGCAGAGAAAGCGGAAAUCAUUAAAGCCCGUGAUGAGGCGCUUCUUAAACUUAAGGAAGCGACUGAACAGGCCCAGAAGGCUCAGGCAGAGCUCGUUGGUUUCCGCCGUUCUAAUGAAAAAUUCCAGGCUAGGAUUCAAGAGAUGGCGAAGGCCCGAGCUGCAGAGAGUGAACGAAUGCAAGCUCAGCAGGCCGCCGCGGUGGCCGCAGCUGUGGAGAAGGCUAAGGCGGAAGCGCAGGCAUCCGGAUCCGGAAGCUCGCAGCCCUCAGAAGAGCUGGCUAAGCAACACUCUGCAGAACUCAAAGCGCUGGAAGAACGUCUUGUGUCGAAGCACCAGGAAGAACUGAAAACUGCAUUAGCCGCGGCCGAAGCCGCGAAGAAAGAAAUGCCCGCCGAAUCCAGCACUAACGAGGCCGCCACAAAGGACGCCAUCGCCGCUGCUAUUUCUGAACACGACAAAGAGCUGCAAGCGAAGCACGCUGAAGAAAUCACUCAAGCUGUAGAACGAGGCCGACUAGAGCUGGCGGCGAAAUCUAAACUUAAGGACGCUCAGCUUAUCAAGGCCCAAAAGCGAGUGAAGGACCUAGAAGCCCAGAUUCUCUCGUGGAAACAGGCCGGCGUGCUGCCCGACGCUCCACCCACCACCCCCGUGGCUGCCACCGGCGCCGCCGCCCCGCCACCCACCCCUGUGGCGACAACACAGAAACCUCCGGCACCUGGCCCAGCCAAAACCGUCCCUCCCGCAUCCACCGCCCCUGUCGCGUCCACAUCAACAGCGCCCGCUCAGAACGCGUUGCCUCGAAAGCCGGCGGCAGGCGCGACGGCACCAGGCGCAGGUCGCGGGCGAGCGCUACAGACCGCUGUAUCAGCCGUGCGAGGCCGUGGGGGCGCUCCUGCUCGUGGCCGUGGCGCUGGCAAUGGUCCUGCGCGCCCACCACCUGCAGCAGCAGCGACAGCAGCACCUGCGAAAGAACAGAUCUCUAUACAGGGGGCAGGGAAACGGACUCGGGAAGAGGGCGAAGUGUCGGGUGACGAUUCUCUGGCUAAGCGACUAAAGCCCGCUGAUAGCACGCCAUCGGCGAGGGCGACCCCUCCAGUGCAAAUUCGACGUCCUGCUCCUUCAUAG